UUUUCGGAGAGGAGAGGGGUGGGGCUAAGGCCGGUCAGUCAGGCUUGGGAAGCCGGGAAGAAUUUGUCUCCCGGCUGCGAGAAAACGGAGGUGUAGGGUGGGCAACGGCGGUGCCGGGGUCGCCCCCGCCCCGUGAUUGACAGCCCGGUCUUUCCACCCGGGCGGUGAGAUCAGAGCAGGGAAUGUAUGACAACAUGUCCACAAUGGUGUAUAUAAAAGAAGACAAAUUGGAAAAGCUCACUCAGGAUGAGAUUAUUUCCAAGACUAAACAAGUUAUUCAAGGCCUAGAAGCCUUGAAGAAUGAGCACAAUUCCAUCUUACAGAGUCUACUUGAGACACUAAAAUGUUUGAAGAAAGAUGACGAGACCAAUCUGGUGGAAGAAAAAUCAAAUAUGAUUCGGAAGUCUUUGGAAAUGCUAGAAUUGGGGCUAAGUGAAGCUCAGGUGAUGAUGGCUUUGUCAAAUCAUCUAAAUGCUGUAGAAUCAGAGAAGCAGAAAUUACGUGCCCAAGUUCGUAGGCUAUGUCAAGAAAACCAGUGGCUAAGAGAUGAACUUGCUAAUACCCAGCAGAAAUUACAAAAAAGUGAACAGUCUGUGGCUCAGCUGGAAGAAGAAAAGAAGCAUCUUGAAUUCAUGAAUCAGUUAAAAAAAUACGAUGAUGAUCUAUCACCUUCAGAGGACAAAGACGCAGAUUCUGCCAAAGAGCCAUUGGAUGAUUUAUUCCCCAAUGAUGAAGAUGACCAAGGACAAGGAAUUCAACAGCCACAUAGCAGUGCAGCAGCAGCUGCCCAACAAGGUGGUUAUGAGAUUCCAGCAAGAUUAAGGACCCUUCAUAAUCUUGUAAUUCAGUAUGCGUCCCAAGGUAGAUAUGAGGUUGCCGUACCACUUUGUAAGCAAGCUCUCGAAGACCUUGAAAAAACAUCAGGCCACGAUCACCCUGAUGUUGCCACUAUGUUGAACAUACUUGCAUUAGUAUACAGGGACCAGAAUAAAUACAAAGAUGCAGCAAAUUUACUGAAUGAUGCCCUGGCCAUUCGUGAAAAGACCUUAGGCAAAGAUCAUCCCGCGGUUGCAGCAACUUUAAAUAAUCUUGCUGUACUUUAUGGGAAAAGAGGAAAAUACAAGGAAGCUGAACCUUUAUGUAAGAGAGCUUUGGAAAUCAGAGAAAAGGUGCUGGGAAAAGACCAUCCAGAUGUUGCCAAACAGUUAAAUAAUCUGGCAUUACUAUGUCAGAACCAGGGCAAAUAUGAAGAAGUAGAAUACUACUAUCAGCGGGCACUUGAGAUCUACCAAACAAAACUGGGGCCAGAUGAUCCAAAUGUAGCAAAAACAAAGAAUAAUUUGGCAUCCUGCUAUUUGAAACAAGGGAAAUUUAAGCAAGCAGAAACUUUGUACAAAGAGAUUCUUACUCGUGCCCAUGAAAGAGAAUUUGGCUCCGUGGAUGAUGAAAACAAACCAAUUUGGAUGCACGCUGAGGAGAGAGAAGAAUGCAAGGGAAAACAAAAAGAUGGCAUGACAUUUGGUGAAUAUGGAGGCUGGUACAAAGCUUGCAAAGUUGACAGUCCAACAGUUACAACUACUUUAAAGAAUCUUGGAGCACUUUACAGACGUCAAGGGAAGUUUGAAGCUGCUGAAACACUAGAAGAGGCAGCAAUGAGGUCCCGUAAACAGGGACUUGACAAUGUUCACAAACAAAAAGUUGCUGAAGUACUUAAUGAUCCAGAAAGUAUAGAGAGAAGGCAAAGCCGUGAAAGCCUUAAUAUUGAUGUGGUAAAGUAUGAGAGUGGACCUGAUGGAGGAGAGGAAGUGAGUAUGAGCUUAGAAUGGAAUGGGGAUGGCACUGGAUCAUUAAAACGCAGUGGUUCCUUUAGCAAACUUCGUGCUUCAAUUAGACGCAGCAGUGAGAAGCUGGUUAGAAAACUGAAGGGAGGAAGUUCACGAGAAAGUCCUGGCAUGAAGCGUGCCAGUUCAAUGAAUAUUCUUAACGUGGGUGGCAAAACAACUGAAGAUCAUUUUCAAGACACAAAUUCCAGUGUUGUCAAUAGAAACAAUAAGUGUUUCAUACAGAUAGCAAAUGAGGUGACAGAACCAUGCAGUUCAGACUACAAUCAGGGACGAACUAAUUGUCUGACAGAUUCAAGAGCUAAGAGUGUCAGUCACACUGAUUUGGCCCACUGAGGUUCUGGAACAGAUGCUAGCUAAAAAUGUUCGUAUGAAUCAUGAAGCACUGAGAUUCACAGGUUUUGGGGAUCCCCAUUAUGAUCUUUUUAGCACUUUUUAGGUUAAAGACAUAACAGAAUGGACUAUUUCUAGGCUCUCUUAAAAUAACUGGCAUUUUAAAGAAUCCUAGAGUUAGCAAUUAGCUUCUUUCUGAAGCAUGCUGAGUUUAUUGCAUUGUUACUAGCAAUUUGGAGUUGUGUUACAAAUAGCUGUAUAGCAGUAUUCAUAAGCAGAGGAAAAUAUGUCCGCAAAAUAGAAAACGAACUGAAGUACAAAAAGUCCAAAAGCUUUCCUCAAUGUGCUGUUUUAAAACUGUUACAGGAGCAUCCAUUAUUAACUAUGUGUACAUUUGCUAGAAUGAGAUUUACAUUAAGUUCAUUGCUGUAAGGAAUAAGGACUUUGUACACAUUAUAGAUUACAGAUAUGAAAAUUGUCAUGUAGUUUAUGACAUUCAUUCAUUCAGAAGACAAGAUACUGGCUAAUUGGAACGGAAUAACUGACACCUCUUGAAAAUGACACUAGCCAAUUACUUGUGGCUUUCUUCAGUCUAAAAAUUAAUGAAAGUGGUGGUUUACUUUAAUAUGGAAGAGAAAAGCAGAAUAAACUAAACCGAUUAGGUUUUCAGUCUUUUCCCACAAAACGCUCCUUUUUUUCCUCAGUCCAGAAUUAUAAAUACGUACUGCCUCUUGAAUCUGACUUCUAUUUCAGUUUGGAGUGAGAAAGGGGAAAAAUAAAUACUGUACUGUGAAGUUGUGGCUUGCAAGAGGAUCUCAUAAGAAAUUUGUCAAGAUAAAAAAAACACCUAUUACUGGCAACUUUUUCAAUCUUCCAUUGGUUUAUUACUCGUCUGGGUGAUAGUCUUUCUCUUCUCAGGGGACUAGAUAAGAAAGGAUGUUUAUCUGUUUCCAUUUUACAAUACUAUUAUUUGCAAGCAGGAAGUAGGAAAUGUGUGCCAGUCAUGAUUGUAUACCAAGAAAAUUAAAUCUCUGGCCAGAAGGAAUAACCAAGCUAAAUUAAUUUUGCUUACUUUCUUGCAGUACAAUCAAUGUUAAUGUGAACUGCAGAGGUUAAAGCACUAAAAGGAAUGUAUUCUAAUUUUACAAAAAUUACAUGCAACAAGAUUUUUGGUAGCUACAUCAGUCCAGUUUUUAAAUGAAAACUGAGAUCUGGUCAGUACUGCUGACUAUGUAGAGGUUUUGUGAGAACAUUGCAUAUCAUUUGUAAAUCUCAGUGAAUUAUACUUGCUGGUUCAUAGUGGAGUUGGUUAUAUUGUUCUUAACCAUCUUAGUUAAAUUCUAAAAUUCUAAACUGAUUUUGGAAAGCAAAUAUAAAGAAACCAAAAAGCUGAAGUAAGAUACAAUGACUACAUUUUUAAGUUGUUGUAUUUGGCAUUCCUGUCUGAAAAGGCUUUACAUUACAUUGGUGGUAUAUUCUAAUACAAUUUUAGUCUGUUACUCAAGGUGGACUAUAAAUAUGCCUUAUUCAAUAUAUUUUUGAGAAUAAGAGCAUAAAAUUUAACAUUCUUUGGAAUGAAGUGGUUAGAUUAUUAAAAUAAUAUUAGUCUCCCUUAUUUUUAACAUUUUUUUCCAUUUUUAGUUUCUUAAGGAGAAAAAGAUAAAUAAAAUAUUCUGAAUGGUAACAUGAUUGUCAGUUACAUUGUACUUUGUGUUUAAUAACAUUUUGUUUCAAAUUAAUAUUCUUAUUUAGCUUCAUAUUGUUAUAAAAUUACCUCUUGCAUGCAUACAGCUUAAAUGAAAGUUGAAAAUAUAUGCUGCCAAAAAGUUGAAGGGGGGCAGCCCUUUAAUGCCAUCUUAUUUUGAUCUUAUAACAAAGUAUAGUAGUAUAUUUAGAGGAAUGAACCAUAACAGCCGUCUCUUCAUUUGGUGGGACUAAAAUUUUGAACUGUCCAGUAGAAUUUAUGAAUAUUGUUACUUUAUGUCCUCCAGAUGAGAUGAAAUAAAUUCUCAGAAUUCUCAGGUCAUCUAGAAUUAAAAUUCUGGAAAUUAUAGGAAGAUCUAUUUUUAGAAGAAAAAUCUAGUAUGUCAUAUAUUAUGAAUAAGCAAAUGACCUAAAAUAUUAAUAUUCUCACAUGGGAAAUAAAUAUUUGUGGCUAAUCUAAAUGACGCUGCUAAAUUUGGUUCUUACUCAUCUGACUAGCUUGUCUUGCUUAUUAUGGGUCUAUCUGUGAAUAAAAAAUGAGAGAAAAAAUUUACCUGAUACUUUUCUUUGAAGCAGUUUACUCAGUACAUUUGAUUAGAAAACUGGAUAUACCCAAACCUAUGGCUGGGCCAUGUGGUGCGAUGGGCAGUUGUGAUAAGCUAUCACUCUACUGAUACACUAUUAAGGAAAUUAUAGUAUAGUGUAUCUUAUCUUCUGCAAUGCUACAGAAACAGUUAUCAUAUAUUUCCAGUUCAUGUUACAGUUUAGCCUUUCACUAAUUUAAGUGAGUAUUGUGGAAAAAUAAAUCACAUACCAUUCAUUUCAUUAGAAUCUUGUAUUUGGUGCAGAAAUAACUUUUGUUUGUGCAUCUGAAGAACUGAGUCCUCACCAGCAAAACCUCCUAUUAUAAAGGGUUUUUUUCCACUCUCAGAAGUAGCUUAAGCAACAAUCUGUGUUUUUUAUAAUCUCUAAACACAAUUCCUUCCCUACCAAGUACGCUUCUUUACAAUAAAUUAUUUAAUCCUGUCUUAGAAAUGUAUCCGUGGAAACAACAGGGCCAUCCAAUUAAGUCCACAACUGUCAGUGAAUCCCUUUUAGACCUCAUAACUGUAAUCUGAAAAAUAAGUUUGAGAUAUCCAAGUGAAACAAAGGGACGGUAGCAUGGGCAGUAGUUAUGUGGGUUCUUCCUGUUAGGAAAAUUGCCAUUUCUCACAGCUCUGGGGGUUUUAAGUAAAACAGGAGUGAACUGAAAGCUCAGUUGCAAUAUUAAUCUAUCUGACAUCUGCACAUUAAGUGUCUUGGCAGCAGCAUUAUUCAGAUAGAUUUUUUCUCUUUAGUUUUUUCUUUAAUUUUAAAAUAGUAUAAGUGAUGGUGAUAAUCUAAAUUGCCCAUUACAUUAUAUAUUUUCUUAGACAAUACUGUUCAUUAGUAACCAAGUCAUAAUUUUAUUUGUCUUAUAAAAUAAAUAAAAGAAGUUGCAAUAUUAAAUAGAGUUUACUUAAGCUACAUCUUUAAUAGAUGUCCCUACAUCCAUUUAGGAUGCUCAAGAAUAUAGUUGAAGAAAAUGCUUCAUGGAAAACAAUUCAGAUGUUUACUACAGAUAUCCCUCUUUGCAAGCAGGAAUGCUUUUUAGAUUUAACAAUGUUAAAUCAGAAGUUUUAUGUUAAACUAGUAAUUCCACUGAUUAUAGAGAAUUAAGUAUCUUUAUUAUAUAUAUUUCUGAAACAGAUUGUGUAGUGUUUUACUGAAUUUGUUUACAAUGUUGAAAUACACCAAUUUGUUAACAAGGUGAAUUUUCCCACUGAACUCUGCUACUAUGAAAUCUGCUGAAGUACAAAAUACAUACUUGUAACAUAAAUUCAUGUAAAAAAUAUUUUACCAGAACUUGUUUAUAUUUUGCUGAAGUUAUGAAUAUUCCCUUUUAAAAAUAUGAACUUUAUUUCAUUAUUGUAUAUCUCAAAAUUAAAUCAGAAAAAAUGUUACUUUUAAAAACACAUUACUGUAAUAUGUAAUCCGUGUGUAAUUAUCAAUGUGCAGUUCUGUGGCUUCAAAUAGUAAAUUAAAUAGUUUUUGUACUCUGUAUGUAUGACUUACUGCAAAACUGGAUGUAACUAAUGGCAUUUCAUCUGUGCACUUUAUGUAUGGCAGCACUGAUGGGGCUAUUGUGUAAUGGCAGGAUAUUCAGCUAAACUGCUGAAAUGGAGUAAUUCACAUACCCUUUCGAAACUCGAUUCAGAGCACUUAAGGAUACCAUAAUCAGAAAAAUCAACAAAGUAGCCGUUUAAAAAAGGAAAUAAAUUGUAUAGGUAGUCCUCUACUUAAAACAGUUCAUUUAAUGACAAUUCAAAGUUACAAAGCAUUGUUUUUUACACAGCCAUAGCAGCAUCCCCAUGGUCAUGUAAUCAAAAUUCAGACUUGUUGCAACUGACUCUCAUUUAUGAUGGUUGUAGUGUCUUAGGGGUCAUGUGAUUACCUUUUACGAUCUUCUGGCAAGCAAAGUCCAUGGGGAAGCCAGAUUCAUUUAACAACCGUGUUACUAACUUAACAACUGCAGUGAUUCACUUAACAACUGUGGCAGGAAAGGGCGUUAAUGGGACAAAAUUCACUUAACUGUCUCCCUUAGCAACAGAAAAUUUGGAUUGUAAGUUGAGGACUACCUGUAGUUCUAAAUCAGAGGUGUCAAACUUGUGGCCCGCAGGCCAGAUGCAUCACAUGCUGGCUCCGCCCCCACCCAGUUUAGCAAAGCGAAAAAAUCUCCAUAUGUCGCAUGUCGUCGCCAUGAUGUCGUGAGUUUGACACCUCUGUUCUAAAUAGUAUAGUUUUAACACUGGAAAAUAUUAAAAUGGAAAUAGGCUAAAUCAAUCGUGUAGAUUUGAUUCUCCAUAUUUUAUUUUUAAAAAUUGCAUUUACUCUUUAAAACAACUGUUCUAAUGAGGAAUUUUAUUCUUACAGGAAGAAAUAAUGCAUGAUCAAUUUAUCUGCAAAACUAAAAAAUUGGCUCUUUUAAAAGUCACAAAGUCUGUUUUUUUAAUUAGAAAAGCAUAUUUUAAAUUUGCCACAACAAUUUCCUUAAUCUAUUUUGAUUCUUAAAUGGAUGUUAGCGCAAAAAUAUUUGCCUUGGGCUAAAGAAGACUUUCUUCAGAAGUUUAUAGCAUGGUGUCUCUUUUGUUUUAAUCUGUUACAGAUUUGUGAAGUGUUUGUUUCAUUUUUAAAGCUUUCUUGUUACUCUCAAAGUGUAAAAAUAAAGAAUCAAACAGA